CCUACCUCCCCAUAACAGCCACCUCUCUCCAAUAGCAACUUUCCUCCAUUUCCAAGGUCACUGUUGUGGAGAGGUUCGACUGUGUCUAGAAGUUUAGUCAAUCAUCUUAGACAUAAAAAGCUAAAAAAAUCACUCUAUUUGUCUUCAGGGAUAAGCUCCUCAGUUCUGAAAAGUCAUUAAGACAGCAACUGGAAACAGAAUUAGCCGAGAAAACUGAAGAGUUAUACAAGGAAAAAGUAACAAGUAAACAUGGCGAGACUGGCAGAUACUCUCCAAUGAACAUGACCAGUUUUGACACCUCAUCAAUCAAAGAAGAAUUAUCACUUUCACAACGUUUAAAUCUACAGCUUUCAGAGAAGUUAUCAAAAGCAGAAGCUGAAAUCCAGGCAUCAAGGAUGAGUCGUGACGAGCUGUUAGCUCAAACAGAGUCAAAAAUUGCUGCACAAGGAGCAGCUCUUGUUGAAAAAAUAUAUCAAGCACAGAAAGAGCGUGAUGCUGCUAUGAAUGCAAGACUUGAAAUGGCUUACAGUGAACGAGAGGAAUUAUUGGACAAACUAAGGCGAAGUGAAAGAGAACACACAGGAUUUGAUUCUGGUGUUGAUAGCGUCUAUGAUGAAGAAGAAACUGAACCGGUAUGUCCAUACACUUGAAAAGAAAUGUGAUUCAUGAACAUCUUUUGAGUAAGCUUCUUCUAAUACUACUGAACAACUCAUGGGCCCAGUUAUUCAAAGGCUGGAUAAUGCUAUCCACUGGAUAAAUCGCUAUCCAGUGGAUAAGUGUUAACAAAACAAACCACACAAUCUGCUGGAUAGUAGUUUAUCCCCCAGGGGGGGGGGGUACUUUGGGGAUUUCUGGGUGGGGAUGUGCCGCUGGAACCCUGGAACCCUUAGCCU